AUGUGCCUAGUAUCGAUAGAAAUUAAACCAAUGUGCUUAAGUUUGCUCGAGAUACGCCGUAAAAUUUUGAAAAAAGGCUGGAAGUGGAAACAGCAGGGCACUGAGAGACAGUCGCAGGCGCUAGUGAAGGCUAAGGAAGAUUGCCCUUUUUUAAUGCGUUUUGAAGAUGCUUGGCCUGCUGAAGCUCUCCUCCGAAUUGGAUUGUCGUCAAACGGAGGGCCAAAAUCAAAGGCCCAAGAAGCUGUCACCACCGACGACGAAAACGGGAACGAGCAAGGACACGUGACACGCGGGAAUAUUGCAAACUUGGGAAAACGCGCUCGUAGCGCAAGUGAUGCCAAGUGCGAGUCGGGGGAUCAGGAACCACCGCGCAAAACCACGAGGAAGCCUCGAAACACAGACGUGGUUCGGCGCGGUCGCUUGUCUGAAAAUGAAGAUGAGGAUGGCAGUUUGGAAGAGGACGAGGACGAAAACAACGAACUUUUAAGCGAGAAGGCCCAAGACGCGUCCGUGCGCCAUAGGACGCCACCACUGCUUACUCCGGUCACGACGCCAGUUGCACCUACUGUCAAGAGUAGUGCCAGCAUCACGCACAAACCUAUCCCUCAGGUUGUCGUUUCGUCUCAAUUUGCCCACAUGGCGUGCUAA